AUGCCGCCUCCCUCGUACAUCACCGACCCGCUGCCCCCGCCGCAACUGAGCCAGGUGGCGGCGCAGGGCUUCGCGUCGGGCGCCCUCCGCUUCGGCACCAUCAGCUUCGCGACGCACUUCCUGCUCAACCGCUCCACGCCCGUGUACCGCGGGCUGACGAUCCAGUUCAAGGUGUUUCUGCAGAUCAGCGCCAUGAUCCUGGGCGGCUGCAUCUUCGCCGAGAAGCGCGUGGCCGAGUUCAACGAGGGCAUCCGCCGCCAGCGUCGGGCGGUGGAUCGGAGCCGGCGGGCCUGGGAGGAGGAGCGGGAGGUGCGCGAGAUGGUCGAGCGGAGGAUCGCGGCGGAGGAACGCGCACAGAAGAAAGCCUCCCCGGCCGGCGAUGGCGAUGGCGGAGUCGGGAAGUAG